AUGGCGGGCUCAAUCACGGACAAUCGCUUUGACAUCAUCAAUGGAAAGCAACUGGCUUUGCUUAUUGCACCUCUCCUCUGCUUUGUCGUAGCUUCGGUCGCUGUCGCCGCGAGAUGGUACACCAGGAGCGUGAGAAGAAUCAACACCCUGACCGAGGAUGUCCUCAUGCUGGCUGCUCUGGCUAUGAGCUUCGUCGUAGUUACCAUAGUUUACGUUUUGGUUUUUCUAGGUGGCGAGGGCUUGACAAGUGAUCAGAUCAAGGCGGAUCCGACAAAGGAUUUCGACGUCGUAAAUCGGUUCUGGCUACGAUUGCAAUUCGCACUCGACAUAUGCUGGGCCACAUCCAUUGCCACUGUUCAAAUCGCUUUCGCCAAGGCCUAUCUCCGCCUGUAUGAGAGAAAACGCAUCGCUCAGACCGCUUGCUGGUGUUCCAUAGGGCUGAUCUCCAUCUGGUACAUCUGGUCGCUCGCCGGCUGGAUCAGCAUGUGCCACCCACCUGGAAAGUGUGAGCUGCAGAGCAAAAAAUCAUGUAUUAUCAUCGGAUCGCUACACGUCUUCUUCAACAGCAUCAUCCUAUUUGCCCCAGUGCCCGCAAUUUUAGCAGCCGAGCUAUCGGCCAAGAAGAGGUGGUCCGUAAUGAUUUUGUUUCUUCUGGGAUGCUUCUGCACAAUCCUCGCCGUCCUGCGCAUCGAUUGCGCAAUCAACGUAUUCGGCGACGUGAACGAAGAUCCCAUUGGUGCGUCUUGGUGGCGUGUCUGCUUCUCGCCUAUUGAAGUUGCUGUCGGAAUUGUCUGUUGCUGUGUUCCUAAUGUUCGUUCGUUGCCAUCCUGGCGUAGGGCUUCUCCAAUCACGUCCAACGAAAGUCACGGUCUCCGCCGACUCAAGUUCCGGACGACGAGUAGUGGUUCUUCUACGUCGAAUUUGAAUGAGCCUUCGCAAUGGAUGCCGCACGCCUCGAAACCACAAGCCGCUGCAUUCGUCACUCUGAACAGCGACUCGGAUACCCUUGAGCGGACCGGAUCUCUAGGCGCGAACGAGAUCAAAAUCACCAAAGAGUACAAUCUCGAUCGGCUGUGA